GCUCAAAAGCAAAUGCAAAUCGACCAUUUUUACUGCUAAGAAUGAAAGCAUCUUCCACUGACUUUUAGCGCCGUGAGGACUCUUUUGUGUACAAAACAAGAGCGCUUGCUUACUGCUAAGUAGCUUAGUGAAUAACAACUUCCAUAGACUUUGUCAAUUUCUCUUCUGGUUUUCGCCAGAAAAAGUUUGCCACGUCUCUUGCGCAACAAGUUCACAUGCAACGGGAAUGCCUCCUAUGAGCAGCGUCAUGGACGAGCCAGAGUUGCCAACACCGCAAAAAACCGGGGAGGAAGGCUUUGAACCGGAGGCUAAUGCCGGCUUCAGUACUGCAACGUUUUAUUUUCUUGCGAUUUCUUACUCUUCUUAUUGUUUGUAUCUUGAAACGUACUAGCGGUAGAAAUUCAUUUACCCGAAUUCAUUUCGAGAAAGCAGAAUUCGCUAGUAAGUGUAAGUAUGGUAAUGUCAACGCGGACUCACUCUCAAAAUUCAGUACCAAAUAACAAAUCACACAGAAUCGCCGGUGAAGACGCCCGCGGCGAAGGCGACUGAUGGAUUUUUCAAACUGUACAAGGUGAGCUCCUUUUCUAGUGACCUGGACAAUGACUACAACCACAUCACGCAGGAGGAAAUUUCCAACUGGGAAACCGAGUACCGCCUGGACAACGGUGCGCAGGAAAAAUGGAAUCGCAUGGAUCUCGAAGACAAGCAGCGCAUCGUCGCGCACGGUACUACAUUCGGAAUUAAUGUGGUUAGUUCGUACAAGAAUUAUUCCUUCGCUCUAGAAGAUGUAGUUGGAAUUAUCUCAUUGACGAAUGCAGCACGACCGAGUCAGAGUCACACUGCAAAACACCUUGAGAAUAAUUGCGCAUGAGUUCUUGAGUGAGUAGUUUUGUUAACGACGGCUUUCUUGAUGUCCUCUCAUGAAUGUGUCUCCACAGGUCCGAUCCAGGGUGACAAUGCCAGUGCGAGCUUGAUGGCGCGCGUCGCGCAGCUGAACGCCAAGAAGAGACAGAAAUACGGCAAGGGCGGCGGAGGCGGUCGGGGGCCCGCCAUCUUGCACCAGAACGGCAAGGGACCAUACGGCAAAGGAUUCCAAGGGAAAGGCUGGAACGUGCCGAUGGGAUUCAAACGUACCUUUCAUUUUUGUAGUGUUUGCAGCACAAAGACAAAGUUUGCAUCUGACGAGUUUCCUUUCGGGUAUCAAAAAUUUAUGCCUGCACACCGCCCUAAGAAAUCAAAUAACAUCAAAAACAGCGUCACGAAGCGGCUGGGACGGCUGGGGUGCAGAGUUCGGAACCGACACCGGAGCCGGCGAAGUCCCCGUUCUGCGAUUGAAGCAAGUGCCGUACCAAGUCAGUGCAGAAGCGAUUCACGACUGGUUUGGUCACCACAACAGAAACAUCGUUGGCACGGUAUAGAAACAAGACAAAUUUAAUAUUAGGUGCACGUGCAUCGGCUCGUUUGCUUCGGCACUUAGUGGAUUGAGCAGAAGUGUUAUGCGGAUAAAUGUUUUGUAGCCGUUCCAGGGUGCUAUCGACAUUCAAAAUUCUAUGAAAAUUUGAAAAAAAAGAUCCGCAUUGACCGGCAAAAUGGUGUCGCGCAAGUAGAGUUUAGGAAUCUGGGAAUGGCCUACGCGGCAAAGGCUGCGAAGGACUCUGCGCCGUUGAAGGGACAUAUGGUGGACAUCAUCGGGCCCAUGAAGAUGGACGAAAACGGAGGUACUGAUGGCGUUUUCUGUCCGAGUGUUCAAGAAAGGUUAUUGCAGAACGUGCUUUUUCUUUUUGCAGAGCGUGCACUUUAAAACAGGCAUGGAUGAAAAAAAAUCUGAAAACCAAAUUUGACAGUUGUCGGCAAUGUUUUGGAAGGCGAAUUGAAGGACUUUUUCGACCACCUGGCAGCGGAAGGCGAGGACACGGAAGCGCUCAAAACCAUAUCGCACUGAAAUUUUCAAAGCUUGUUGAGUUAAUGCUUUCGUUGCGUUUUUCCGUGCAAAACGCUUGGGCAGAAUAGUUUUCAUGUUUUCAGUCCGUGCAUCCGGGAAAGACAAUUCAAGUACUUACUUCUCAUGAUGGACGAUAAGCACAAAACUGCCAACAAUGAAGUUUGACUCAUCAAGAGGGGUUUCUUAUCCUAGGAUACUAGAACAGUGCGGAGAUGCAGAGCAAAUUUAACGAAUGGAAGAACGCGAGGAAGCCGGCGGCGGCGGUCCAGCGACCGGCUGGAACGCACCGUGCGGCGUAUAACCGCGGUAUGCCGGUGCCGGACUUCGGAUCACCACCCCAGGGCAAGGGCUACGGGUAUGGAGAGAAAAAAGUUUGUCACAAUCACUAAAUUGCAGGUUUUGCAUUACAAAUUUUCUCAGCAUCACAAACUUUCCUUGUAUUGCAGAAACACUAGGGAAAUCCCUAAUGAAGUUUGGCUGUGAUGCAUUUUUACGCAUGACAAACAACAAUUUUGUAUUGCAAAAAUGCGCAUGAGUGAUCGUGACGAACUUUUUUUCUUUGAUAACGGGGGCGCCAAGGGCAGUAGCUUCGACGACGGUAGCUGGGGCAAGAAGGUAUGCAUUGCAAAUAUGUCUGUGUCUGGAAGAAUGCAUGGAUGUUUGUCAUGCUUGUCUGGCAUGACUCUUAAAUCUGUUAUGCACGUUACCCAAGAGCUCCAUUUUUCUGUGAUGCAGAGACGUAGUCUGUCAUGCAGAAUAGGCAACACCUAGAAGCUCAGAAACUUGUCAUGCUGAGCCAGCAUCUGUGGCCUCAUCAUGAGACGCCGCCCAGCAUCACAAGUUUCCAGACCCAGACACUUUUACAUUUGAUAGAAGGGCGGAAAGAACAACUGGAGCCACAAGAACCGCGGAAAGGGCGACGGCUACAAUCAGCGGGGCGGAGGGGACGACUACCACCAGGACCACGACAGCUGGGGCGGACACCAGCAGUCCUGGGGCGGGGGUAAAGACGGCGGUUGGGGCAAAGGCGGAACCAACUACAAUCAGGACUACCCGAUGUCGGACAUGCCGGGCAAGGGCUACGGGAAGAAAGGCAACAAGGGCGGCCAGCAGCACGACCACGGUGGCGGUGGUGGAAAGGAGGGAAUGCUGGCCGCGGCGCUGAUGCAGUUGCAGAGUGGCGGCGGCAACAGUGCCGGCAGCUCCUGGGGCGGUGGCAACAACAACGCCAACAGCGGCGGUGGUGACGUACUCGCCGGGUUACUCAGCGGUAUGGGAGGGGGCAACCAGCAGCAACAGCAACGACCACAACCGCAGCAAAACAGUAAGAGAGAUUAAACUUUUUAAUUUAUACAGUAGGUAUCUUCAUGGCCGACGACCUCAUUUGGGCUUGUGGAUGCACGAGAAAAUGAACUACGGCACAUUUCUGAUUCUAUGCUCUGUAUGAACGAGACACCACUUUGUACGAAAAACGAAACGCAUUUCAGAUGACGAUGCCUCGGCAUGGCUUGGACAGCUUUUGGGACCAGGUGCGGGAAGUGACAACAAUAACGCAGGUAUUAAUGCGCCACAGUCAUUGAGAAAUCUGACGACUUUGCGUUUGCACACACAAAAUAGCUAAUACUUAAUGUUCGACCACUGAGGACAGAACAACAAAUACAAAAACAACAACUCAGGUGCUGCCCCGAACAAUAACAAUAACAACAAUGACUGGUUUGCCAAUAUCAUCGGCGGAGGUGACCAGAAGGGAGGAGGCAACAACUGGAAUCAGCAACAGCAAGGAAAUAACAACAACAAUUGGGCUGGAGGGUACUUUGGCUUUGUCUUUGACUGCGGAAUUUUCUUGGCAUGAGCAAAUUGUACGAAUGUAGACAACUUCUGCGCAGAACAAAGGCACAUUGAGAGUGAGACGACACAAAAAAAUCAUACCACAGAAACGCCAGCGGAAACAACAACGCGGGUCAAUCCAGCGGCGGUGAUGAUAUGUCCUGGUUAGCGGGUCUCCUUGGGUAAUGCUCAGCUGAGGAACGAUACAAUGUACGAUUUUUUUAGUAAGAAAUGCACAAUAAACAACGAGAAAAGGUGGAUUACAGAAUCCAGAUCACGAAUCCGAAUGAAUCCAAGAUUAGCAUCUCAAUAUGGAAACUACUAAAUACCAAGAAAUGAAAAAUAAAAAUUAUCGGGUUAGAAACAGAAAUAGCAAAGUAUUGCAAUUGCGAAGAUUCAAUGUAACAAAGUAAGAAAGUUCUUCGUUCUCAGAACAGUAGCUAGAAAUCGUGAGCAUCACUCUGACGGUUAGCGGGAAGUUUACACGCUACUUUGAACUUCGUUUGACGCGGGCAGUUCAACUGCUAUACGAAAUCCAAGAUUGAUAUUGACUCGAAGCGCCUGCAACAAAUAUUUCUAAUGUUUCACAAAAUGUUUACAAAAAUCAAGCAAUGUUCUGAUUGUUUCGUUUCGAUUUUAUAAAACACUUCAAUGCACCGAGUGGACAAACUUUUCAAUAUUCAUUUUCACUUGCUCAAUAUGCAGCCUAUUUCCUCGCGUCGUGUAGUUCGCCCGACGUUGAAGAUUGUCUGUAGUGCCUGAGCAUUUAUGAGCUAACUUUGCAGCCAAGAACAACGAGUUUAGCAAUCACGGCAUAUUCGCUACGUGAACUACGCCUGUGCCGGCCGAUCGAAUGCCGAUUCUUGUUUUUCUCCAAGUUUCGUGCGAUCGAGCAGGGCAUCAGUGCGCCCUAUUCCAUGAAAAGCGAAGUCGUCUUCGAACUCCAACUCUAGGUUUACUGUAUCUUACUAUUUUGUGUAUACCACCGUGUCAGUCGUUGCCUGUUCUCCAAAGACAGGCGGAUGAAGACUGUCUUGCGAACUAGAACUUGUUGCGCGCGAGGAACUCUUUCCCCCGAAAGCUCGCCUGUACAGUGCCGGGAUCGCUUUUCAGUCGAUACAGUGAUGCUCCUGUGCGCGAUCAGUCGCUUCUCAAGCUGCAUUUUCUGCGGAGAAUAAGGAGAAU